AUGCAACGUUUUGCUAAAUAUUUGAUCAGUCUUCUGUGUUUGUGCGAAGUUUCGUGCAUUCUUGCCGGUUUGAAAACUGCUCUACUCAUUGUCGAAUCGAAUUUUGAAGAGAUCCAACUGGUCACCAUUCUCGAUGUGCUCAGCCGAGCGGGUUUCCUGGUUACAUUGGCCCGACUGCCCGAAUCCACCUCGACGGUGAUCGGCGCCCAUGGACUGUCAGUGAAUGUGAACCACACGUUGCCCAAUGCAAGCGUUACACUUUGUGAUGUGCUAAUUUUGACCGCCACUGCACAAUCGUACGGGAGCCUGAUCAGCUGUCCCGCCCUCACUCGUGUCCUGCACGAAUACGAGGAAGCAAAUCGGACGAUUGCGGCACUGGAUUGCGCUCAGGUGGUCUUGGCCUAUCAUUCAAUAUAUAUGGGGAAAAAUAUCACCGUUAAUCCGACAGUUCAAGCCCAACUGGAGUACAAGUAUGAAUUGAAAGGGGGUUCGAUUGUGGUCGAUAUGCCCCUGAUCAGUGCUCGAAGCACGUUGGACAGUUUCAACUUUUCUCUGGUAAUCGUGUCCCAGUUGAUAUCGGAAGAGAUGGCCAGUUCUUUGCUCCGCGGAUUUUUCCCACGCUCAAACAGCUGCCUACCACAAACUAUGACAUCGGUUUUGUUGUUCAGUUUUGUGUCCAGUUACAUUGCUCGCAUGGGUUGA